AUGAAAAGACUAAUAGAGAUGCGAAUCAGUGUACCGUUUCUUUUAUUCCCUCAGUUGCUCCCGAAGCCGUACCUAUCCGCUCCCAUCGUCUUUCCUUUCUCGUCGAGGUCCUGCGGGAUCCUCGGAACCUCGGCUGCCAUUCACAGGAUCACCGAGAACGGGGAGAUCCUGUCGCGAAUUAUGCCGGAACAAUGUUGCUGGUUCGCCACUCAAUCCAGGUGCGGAGUAUCCAGAAUUUCGGACAACGUCAUGGUAAGAAAUCGAUUAAACGGGUCACCUUCUCUACGAUACUCGAGAUCUCUCAACUGCACGGCUUUCUUGGACUGUUCUCAUCACGCGAGGGAUAAAGAAUGGUUCUGCCAGAACUCGAUGAACCAUUCGUCGGACGUGCUUCGCCAGCGAGAGAAUUACGAGACUUUUGCGAGCGAAAGGGGUGACGGUAACUACGUUAUAAUCGGUACGCCUGGGAACGCGGAUCGAAACGGUGGCAACAAUUCCCAAAAUAAAGAGUUCGCCAAUGAUACUCGGAGACAAACGAUCCUGAAGAUGGAGAACGGCUCCCCGAAGCAACAGAACGCUUCCUCUGGCAAAAAGAACGUUUGAUGAAUCCUAACGUUUUAUAGAGUCACGCUAUUUUAUUUUCCUUUCCAAGGCUGAAGAGCGUAGAAUUUAUUAACAAAUUCUAUGAUCAGUUCUUGAGCGAACGUUUAGCGUGGUCCAUUUAAUACGUUGAAUUAUUGUAUCGUUUGUUUUAAUGAAUUUCUCUCUUACUACUCUUAAGUAACGUUUAAUGGCAGAAAAUUAUACUGUAUUGUCUUGUGUACCCUUCAAUUUAAAAAAAAUAUAUAACGUUUAUUCAGCAAAAAUGGAAUAUGGUUUUAUAAUAGGAUUUUCGGAAGAUUCUAUGCAAGUGAAAGGGACAGUACCGCUUCCGUGUGUUUCCGUAAAGGAUUCGCCGGUAGAAUGCUAUUUGUAAAUAGAGGAACAAAGACCCGUGGA